GACCGGUGGUUCUAGUACCUUCAGCACGCGAUCAGGUAGUAAACAUUCUACAACCCCAGCAGAUAAUUACUAUCUGGCUCGAAGAAGGACUCUCCAGGUGGUGGUUAGUUCAUUGUUAACAGAAGCUGGAUUUGAGAGUGCUGAGAAAGCUGCUGUGGAAACCAUGACAGAGAUGCUUCAGAGCUAUAUUUCGGAAAUUGGGAGGAGUGCCAAGUCUUUUUGUGAACAUACUGCAAGGACUCAGCCAACCCUUUCAGAUAUUGUUGUCACCUUAGUUGAAAUGGGCUUCAAUGUGGAAACACUCCCUGCAUAUGCUAAACGUUCCCAGCGGAUGGUGAUCACUGCACCGCCUGUAACAAAUCAGCCUGUGACCCCAAAAGCCCUGACAGCUGGACAGAACAAACCUCAUCCUUCUCACAUCCCUAGCCAUUUCCCAGAGUUUCCGGACCCUCAUACUUAUAUCAAAACACCAACCUAUCGGGAACCUGUAUUGGAUUAUCAGAUCUUACGAGAAAAAGCUGCUUCACAGAGACGAGAUGUUGAAAGAGCUUUGACCCGCUUCAUGGCAAAAACUGGAGAGACACAGAGCCUUUUCAAAGAUGAUGUCAGCACUUUUCCUUUGAUAGCUGCCAGGCCAUUUGCAAUACCCUACCUGACAGCUCUGCUUCCUUCUGAGUUGGAGAUGCAACAGAUGGAAGAGACUGAUUCGUCUGAACAAGAUGACCAGACAGACACAGAGAACCUCACUCUACACAUGAGCAUGGAUGAUUCAGGAGCUGAGAAGGAGAAUGCAUCAGUACUUCAGCACAAUACCUCCCUUUCUGGCAGCCGAAAUGGAGAGGAGAACUUGAUAGACAAUCCAUACCUCCGCCCAGUGAAGAAGCCCAAGAUUCGUAGGAAGAAGUGAAGUGAAACAAAUUGAUGGAGUGGAGUAAGAAGAAACAGUUUAUCUUAAUCCUGUGGAGUUAAGAUAAGGCGCUGGAAAGGCAGAGCAGCACUGCUGGUUAAGAGCCAAGCGGAAAUAUUGGACUCCUCAGUUGCUGUUUUCUUCAUCUCCAGCAAUUUGUGAUAAUCUACGGUGAAAUCUGAAAGAGUGUCUUAGAAGCACUGAUGGCCACAUGGAUUGAAAUUUGUCCCUGCACGAGAAUAGUAUGCUGCUAGUUCUACUAUCUGCAACAGCUGUUCAUCCUCAGGAGAAUCUUCUUUCCAAGAAUUGCAAAUGGUUCAGUGGGCACUGCAGAAGUUUUUCCUCUCAUUUUGCCAAGUGUAGAACCACGUGUAGGACUUCAGAACUGGAAUCCCUUCAUGUUUUUCAGCUGUUUCCAAGAUUCAAGCCAUCCCACAUUGUUGAAUAUAAUUUACUAGGAUGAGAGGUGGGCACUGGUGCCACUGGAUAUCCGCUGUUGUGCCUUUACAAAACUGAGGCUGUUCAGAACUACUCAGAUGACUAUUUUCCAGGAUCUGCAUAUACCUGACACUGAAGGUUUGGGCUGAUCCCUUCUGUAGCGUGAGCUAUUAGGAAAGAAGGGAAAGUCUUGUCCAAGUGUAAACACAAAGUUGUUUGCACAUUUAUCAAUGGCAGAGUUUAAGAAUAAUUUCUGCAAGUGCGUUUAUAGUUCAGCAGAUUGACUGUGACUCUUCUGUGUGGCUUCAUCUGGCUCAGAGUAUUUUGUUUUAAUUCUGCAUUUUUGUACCUUACAGUCUUCAGUUUGUAUUUUCGGUAAUUUGUCAGAAGAAUUAUUUUAUAUCCAUCUCUUAUUUCCAGUACUUCUCUAUAAAGCAAGGUGCACAUAAAAAAUGAAGUUUCAGGAAUCCCAUUUGCUAUCUCAUUUCUUAAGUCAUAAAUAUCUUUUUUAAAAAAAUAUCUUUCAGAAAAUGCAAAUGUUUUUCUAGUAAGAGGCAAAAGAACAAGAGCUACAGAAGAUACCUUUUCCUUUCAUUCUAAAAUGGCAGCAGCUGCAGUUUCAUUUAAAUGUUGAUCUUUCAGCAACUGGUGCUUGAAGUCCGUGAGAUUUGUGGUUUCAGCAUCAGGAUUUUCUGCUACUUCCCUGAAAUGUAAGAUGUAUACUUAAUUACGGUAAAUACCACAACUUCUGUCAUUACACUGCAAUGUCUUUCAAAGCAUGUUUUGCCUCUGAAAUGAAGGGACCAUUCCUUAUUCAGUUCUCUCUUAGUGCUAUGAUUUUUCAGCAUUGUGGUUGGCGGUGGGGCCACUGAUUAAAAUCUCAGUAAAGAAAUUUAGAUUCUACUGGCCACGUGUGUCUUUGUAUCUGCUCUCAAAAAUAAAAUAAUCUUCUCUUAUACAUUUAAACUAUUAAGGAUCUCUCUGAAAGAUUUUCACAGGAAAAAUCAAAUGCUGGAGAAACAGUUGACAUUCUGAGCCAACAGAGGCUGCUACACUCAGUUUACUCUUUUUUAUUUGCUCAGAGAAAGUUGUUAAGACACAAGGUAUAUAUUAUAUGCAUAUUAAGUUCUUGACUGAGUAGGGAAAGAAUAAAAUUCUAUCUUUUGUUUUUUUCUAGUUUCUGAUUGAACAUAAGAAUAAAGAAUAAAAUUUCUGAUCAAUUGAAUCUGAAACGGAAACAAGAAUAACACAAUUGACUAAAGUAACCCAACUCUGUUCAUGCCUUUAUCUUCCAAACUAUUCUACCCCCCCGCCUCCCAAUAUGGCAAAUUGUGGUGAGCAAAAAUAUUCAGAUCACGAUCUGAGACGCUGUUUUGGAGGCAAAGCUGAUUUGCACUGUCUAUUGUUUGGAAGAUUAUCCUAGAUGGUUUGUUCUAGUCUGUCUGUAGUGAUUAUUAGCCCUUCUUUGUUUGGAUUGUCUUCUAACUGAAAACUCAGGUUAAUUCUAAUCUUCUUUAACCGGUAGGAAAGACUUGUUAAUUUCCAAAUAUAAUGCUGAAUUGCAGAUUGUCUAAUGUAAGGCAAAUUGCAGUGAAUCAUUUGGGAGAUAUUCUGAACCUGAUUCAUGACUAUUACACUUUGUCUGCAGUAUAUUCCUAAACUGCAAGUGUGAAUUGCAACAGUCAUUCUCUAUAAAUCUCUGUGUAACAAAGUAUCUGUAGCCCCCAGUUCAUAAUUUCCUCUUAGUCAAAACAAAACAAAAAUGGUUUAUUUUGAUCAUUUUCCUCAUUCUGUUUUCCCAGAGUCUAAAUUACAUUCAGAGAUUUUGCCUAAUCCAUCAUUCUGCAUCUGAUGUUUGCAUCAUUAGUAAAUCAGCUGGAGCCCCAAUGCUUCGCUUUGCCAUUAAAAAGAAGAACCCCUUGCAGAUAGAAAUCUUCCAUAGAGGGAGACCUUGUC